UCAAUAACUCCACAUGUUACACAAGUAUUCCUGUGAGGCCAGAGUUCCCAAUGGCAUACUUCCUAUACUCUAAAAAGAGCAUUCAAAUAUACAUAUGCACAAGCGUAAUCACCUUCUUGUUAGGAGUUCCAAUCUUAGUAAUAGGAAGUCUACUAAAACAAGAGGUAGGCACCGAGUGUGAGUUCUAUCUAAAUGCUCCCAUAAUCACCCUAGGAGCCCUGAUCUUGUUUUUCAGUGCUGCCGGUAUAUUGUGUGCAGUUCGUCUUAAGGGGCUACAACUUUGCUGCCACGGCUACAUAAUGUUCCUCCUUCUAACAACCCUCUUAGGCUACUCCAUUUUCGCGCUUGUUGUAAGCGCGAAAGGAGGUGGUGAGCCUUUGGCUAGAAGAGGUUAUAAAGAGUAUAGGUUGGAGGAUUACUCUUCUUGGCUUAAAAAAAGGGUUGAUAACACUAAGCAUUGGAAUCAACUUAAAACUUGUAUUUAUAAGAGUCAAGUUUGUUCUAAGUUUAGUGAUAAGUUUGGUGACAAUACCCAACAUCAAUUCUACUCUAACAAAUUGUCUUCAAUUGAGUCUGGUUGUUGCAAGCCAUCAAAUGAUUGCGAAUUCAAAUACAAGAGCCCAACAGAAUGGACAAAACCCAAAGAAGACAACUACACAAAUGAAGACUGCAACAAAUGGGGAAAUGACAAAGAUGUUCUUUGCUUCAAUUGUCAAUCAUGUAAGGCAGGUUUAGCUGAUGCUGUCAAGACUAAUUGGAAGAAAGCUGGAAUUAUUUGCAUUAUUUUUGUGAUUUUACACAUGUUUUUCUCUUUCUGUGGUUGCCUCGUUUUGGAAAACCCUCAACUAACUGUGUAAUAGUUUUCUUUUUAUAUACUUUCCCGUUUCCAAUUAUUUGUGGC